AUGCAAGUUGUUCACGACGUAUCAGAGUUUCAAGAUGGACAAGAACGUAUUUUAGUUUUAAAGGAUUCAUCUAUACUUGAAAAUGAAGAGGAAGGAGAUCAAUUGAUUUCAAUACAGUUAGAGGAACAGCAAAGGCUCAAAAAGAACUUAGAAAACAAAAAAAAGAAACCAGUUUAUACUGGCUAUGACGAUGAAGAAUUUAAUUUUGGGGGUGGCGUAACUAAAAAGAGCAUUUUAGCACAUUACGAUGAAGAAAUAGAGAAAAAUAAACGACCUGGAUUUACGCUAGACAAUGAUGGCACGGUUAAAUUGGGUGAAGAUGAUAUACGAAACCAAGUGUCAGAAAAAUUAAGGUCAACUGCUAUUUCUUUGACUUUUGAUAAAAUGAAAGAGAUACAAGAUUAUUACACUAAAGAAGAAGCAGAGGUCACCUUCAAGAAGCCUAAAGUCAAAAAGAAGAAAAAAGUUAGACAGAAGACUACAACUGAUGAUUCAUUGGUAGAAGAAAGCAAAGCAAAUGAUCCCGAUUCAAUGGAAGUAGAAUCAACGUCAUCUAUUACAACCACACAAAGUAGAAGACGAGAAAAUCUGGAUGAUGUGAGUUUUGUUGAUGACGAUGACCUCCAACAAGCUCUAGCUAGAGCGAGAAAAAUGGCUGCAAAAAAAGUAGCAAAAGCUUCGGUCGAAGAAAUUGCAAGAACUUUGACUCAAGAACGAGAAACGCAGGAAGAAGACGAUGAUGGGCCUGAUAAUGGAUUGGUGAUAUCAGAUACAUCUGAAUUCGUUCGAUCACUAGCAAUAGCUUCAACAGUAUCAAAACUUGCAGAAAUUGAUAGUCUAACACCUGAUAAUCGACUCGAUGAUCAACUCGAAGAUGAAAAGCCGGAAGAAGUAGAGACUAACGAUGUUGAGAUGGAAGAAGUUGCUGACGAAGAAGAAGAAGGUGGCUGGAAGGCAACUGUUGCAACUGAUGACCAGGAUAUGACCAGCGUUAAUGAGGAACCAAAACUAGUUGGUAUAGUCGAAGAAGAACCAUUGGUUAGUAAUGGAAUGGCAGCAACAUUAGCUCUAUUACAACAAAAAGGGUUCUCAAUUAAACCAUCUGAAGAGCAAGUCGAAAAAGAGCGAGGUGGUGGACGAGAUAGUGAUAGUAGUUAUCGUGAUCGUGAGCACCUUAGAGAAAUGGAAUCGAGAUUUAAAGAUUACAAGCCAGAUAUCAAUUUAGAGUAUGUUGAUGAAUUUGGCAAUCAGUUAACACCUAAGGAGGCGUUCCGUCAGUUAUCACAUAAAUUCCAUGGCAAAUCAUCCGGGAAAUCUAAAACAGAGAAACGUCUCAAGAAACUUGAAGAAGAACGUAAGUUAAAAGCGAUGAGCAGCGUUGAUACACCAUUGAACAUGGCAACUGCUUUGCAAGAGAGACAAAAGGCUAGCGGAAGUGCACAUGUUGUUUUGUCUGUCGGCAACAGAGCUGUUGUUCCACAUAGCAUGGUACCAAACAACGAUACAAGAACUUCUAAAUCACUUUCUAGCGCUUCAUCAAUCAAUGGUCCUAAUAUCAUUACGGUUAAUGGUGGGUUAACGGGUCAAAGUAUGAAUGCGCCAGAGAGAGAAAAGGUAACAUUUGGGUUAAAACGCAAAGCCGAAGCUGAAACUGAAAAACCAUCAAAAAAAUCUAAAGAUGAAUAG